AUGACCUGCGUCCAACCAUCUGGGAGGUCAGGAAACGGGAGGAGGCAAACGCGAUCGAGCGCCGAGGGUGCGGGGGGCGCGCACUGGCGCGCAGCGGGCGCCGCAGCCGCGUUACAUAAUGCAGACUGCAGACUGCAGACUGCGCCAUCCCGCACGGCGCACGUCUCUCGCCUCCUCUCACCUUGGCGCGGGCCCACCCGCUCUGAACGGACCACGGUCGGCAGACCGUGCCAUUGGCAGCGUACCAGCGCUGCAGGGCGCACUGCGGUCGACCCGCAUCCACACCGUCCCGGCGCCUCUCAACACCUCGCCGCACGCAAUCCGCUGAGCUCGAGCUCCAACGACCAUCGCCGCCCCGAUGCACAUCUCUUUGGUCGUCCCACCCGCUCGCCCAACAUACACCGCCGUCCCGUUCAUGCACGCCUCUUUGGCGGUCCCCUCCGCCCUCCACGCAUAUACCCACUCAACCACACUUGCUCGCCCGAUCUCCAGUCCCCAUUUACGCUCUGUCAACGAACACCCACCAUCGGCCACACGCACCAAGAGAUCCGGCGUCCGACGUACCGUGGCUCCCUCCGCAUCGCUACGCCCAAUGCCCGUCAUCUUGUAAAGGCCGGGAGCGGCGGUAGACGACAGAGUUUCGCAGCCACUCCCUCAAAUCAAACAUAUCGUGUUCUCGCCCCGCACGUGGAUCCCACUUCAUCGGACAUCGGAUCAGCACUCGGCCACCCACACUCACCGGAUGGUCUGUACGCGUCGACGAGCAACACGACCGCGGGCGUCUUGCGCCGGGGCGAGCUGCCGUCCCCCCUACCAUUGUACCGCGCCCGUUCCUGCCCGCUCCUACAACACGUCGUUCGCGCCUGGAAUCGCCACGACAAAACAGACCUCGCUGACUUACACAGGAACAGGCCCGCCCGCCCGCCCGCACCUGAUUUCGCCGGCUUUGCAGUAACCACGCCCCCGGCUGACUUCAUUCCAUCAUCCAUCGGUAUCGACGCUGCCCACCUUCUCGCCGCCCUGCUCGACAUCCGUCCGUUCAAGUCACCGUUCCCCUCUCCCAAUUCUCACACCUUCCGUGCCCCUUCAUUGUACCACGCGGGGAAUGCGCAGAAUACGCGCGCGCUCCACGGGUCCCAGAGAGAACAUUCGUUCUCGCAGAGCACCACUUGCGGUAGUCGACGUUUCGAUGCACCACUCGCUGGGCGCUUGCGUACGCCCGGGCGACGGCCGUCACCCGGCACGACAGAGCACACCGCGGGGGUCUUCUGGGCCGGUGCGGGGCAGGACAGUACCGACGGGUUUGCUCACACUGUCAUUGGUACCUACGGACACGACUCGGACGGCGAUUCCCUGCCCGACUUGUACACCCCCGAGUCCGUGUCUGAUACAACAGACUCCGAUUAG